GACACCGUGUUCACAAGCACUGCACUGCCUUUUCCGGCACGACGUGUGUGCCUUGUAUGGAGGGUACCUACACAGAGCACCCCAAUGGUUUAACAGAGUGCAGAGCAUGCAAGCUGUGUGAUGAGGGAGCCAACCUCAUGCCAGUAGCAGAGUGUACCUACACGAAGAACACUGUGUGUGGCUGUCUGCCCGAGCAUUUCUGCAGUAAUCCUGGGCCUGAAGACUGUGAACUCUGUGAGCCCUACACUGUCUGCUUGCCUGGCACCAUGGUCAAAGAAAAGGUGUCCUCCUUCCAGUAA